AUGGCGGAAAUGGGCAUUGAAACGACAGAGGAUCCCAUCCCCUGUCCAGCAUUCACCAACCGAGACCAAGAACAAACCGUCAAAGACGAGCAUUGGAAACACCGUCCCCCAUACCAGAAUCAGAGUGAGAAGGGAUUUGGACCGAUCAAGUGGCGUGGCAAAUGCCUCUGUGGAAAGAACACCUACAUCCUCAAACAAGAUAGACCUCUCAACGCCAAAUACUGUCAUUGCCGUGGAUGUCAGGUUGCCCAUGGUGCGCCCUUCCAAUGGGCUUCUAUCUUCCAUAAACAUGAUAUGCUAUUUACAAGCGAUCCUGGAGGGUUGGUGUUUUACUCUUCUACGCAUCAAUCGCAGGAAUAUAAACUACCGACCAAGGUGUCUUGUUCCAACUGUCGCACGCUUAUCAUGGACGAAGGCCGCAAUGUCUGUCUUAUCUUUCCCCAAUUGAUUGAACUUGAGGGCUCGAGUGAUGAGCAGAGAGAGCAGAGGGAAGCCUUCAAACCGACAUGUCAUAUCUUCUACGAGAGCCGUAUGCUGGAUAUUCCAGAUGGUCUCCCCAAAUGGAGAGGCAUGGAGAAUACCAGUGAUCAGCUCGAUGACCACGGAAAGCUGAUCAAACAAGCGAAAUAA